CGCGUUCUGGUUCUCUUCUCACUUGCAGGCAGAGGUUAUGAGCCUCGAUGAAUACGCGAAGACGUCACGGUCCCUCCAGUACUGAGCAGGGAGUGUACCUCGGGCCGACGCAGACUCAAGUACUCUCCUCCUCCUCCUCCCUCCCUUCACUCUCCGCCUCUUCCGCCCCCCCAACGCUUACCUUCAAGGACGACAUGUCGUGCCGCGACCGCACGCAGGAGUUCUUCGCUGCCUGCAAGUCCAUGCAGAACAGACAGAAUGGAUUACAGGUGAACAAGCCUCACCUGAAAACCAUGCGGCAACAGAGCGAAUUCACAAUCAUGGCCAAGCGAAUUGGAAAAGAUUUGAGUAAUACGUUCUCCAAACUGGAAAAACUGACCAUAUUGGCAAAGCGGAAAUCACUCUUCGAUGACAAAGCCGUUGAAAUUGAAGAACUGACGUACAUCAUCAAACAGGAUAUAAACAGCCUGAACAAGCAGAUCGCACAGCUUCAAGACUUUGUCCGGGCCAAGGGGGGCCAGACAAGGCACAUACAGACGCAUUCCAACACCAUUGUGGUGUCACUGCAGUCCAGACUGGCGUCCAUGUCGAACGAUUUUAAGUCGGUUCUGGAAGUGAGGACAGAGAAUCUGAAAAUGCAGCGGAACAGGAGAGAACAGUUCUCCCAAGCGACAGUGUCCAGCCUUCCCCCUUCAGCGGCUAACGGCUAUGGAGGCUCGGUGCUGCUGAAGGAUGACGCGCGGAGGUCGGGAGAUGUCGCCAUCGACAUGGACGACAAGACCAGCCAGCAACUACAGCUCAUCGACGAGCAGGUGAGGAG